AUGGCCAGAGAAAACACUUCAACCCUAAACCUCGGAGAAUCUACAAGUUUAGCCAAAAUCAAUCCCAAAUCUUCACCGAUCAAGAAACAGAGCCAAGAACAAAACUCGCCGAGUUUACGCCGUUGGGGCUCGUCCUCAGGUAAACCGGCGAGGCAAAACUGUCUCUGUUCUCCGACCACUCACGCCGGUUCUUUUAGGUGCAGGCACCACCGUGCCGAUUCGUUGACACGUGUCGGGUCUGUUGGCUCGAACCUCUCUGUGCUUUUGUCAUCCAAGUCGAGGCGGUUUAGUGAUUCCCUCAAAGCUCAGUAA